AAUGGGUGGGACGAUCUGGUGCGAGAACAACUGGAAGAGUCCACGAUCCGUCAGCGACUGGGAGGCCGAAGAGAUUCGGCGACCCAAAUAUGCAGCAUAUCGCCACCGACGGAAACACAGGAGACCUCGCCGCCCACGACUGGUACGACGCGUCGUCGUCGGAGCUCGCUAGCGCAACUGACGGACAUUUUGAGAGAAUGGGGCGGCGGAUCUACGAAAUCGCGGCAGAAGGCUCCUUUAAACAGACGAGAGACACUCGCGGAUUUGGCGAGGAGUUUACCGUGGGGCCGACAAACCACCACAGAAACCGGACCAACACCAAGUAUAUCUACCAGAAAAAGGCGAGAAUCUAGCGCGGAUUCUGGAAUAAAGAGUAUUGGAUCAAAGUCCCGUAGAGACUCGCAUCAAACCGCCAUUUCCGAUUUUCGUUCUGAAGUGGCAAAGUUGUGGCAGAGGCGCGAAUCUAACACGGUCGCCACUGUUAUCACGCCGAGCUCUGGAUCUCGCCGAGGAUCUGGAGAAUCUAGUCGUAGCGGUAGGAGGGACUCGGUGACUCAUUCCCACGGCACUUCCCGUAGAGGAUCUGGAGAAAGUGGGCGUAGUGGCCGUCGAGAUUCAACCACUAUUGCCACACCACCUCCUCCAAAGGUGAUAGGGGCUACUCAUAAAAAAAGGAGAGAUUCUCGCACAGUGAAUGAGACGCCUUCCUACUAUCGUCAAGAGCAGAGACCAUCUACCUCAUCAACGGCUUCCGAUUCAGCUCCCGCUGGUGUUCAAACAACUGCCAGUCACAUUAAUCUUCCGAUUAGUACUGUAACAUCUCACACCAUUUCCAUCGGUACCGACUUCCAAUGUAUGCAACCUCCCACUAUAAUUACUUCGAGCGUUACGCCACCUGCAACUUCGCCUACUGUGCAAGCAACCACCCCAACUCAUCCCCUUCUAUCGACUCGCCGGGAUUCUACCACCCAAUGCGGCAGAUUGGGGCGGCGAGACUCUCGCAGUCAUGCGAGUCCCGAAAGAUCCACGAACAAGUUGUCGCGUUUACAGCGUCAAAAUACGACGUACGACGAGACGUGUUUACCGGGUGGAAAUAGUAGAAGAGGCUCACAGCCGGGUGCGUUGAGCCCGGACGUUGAUGAUACCGGCCGGAAGGCGAGACGCGACAGCUUGAGUCCCGACUCGGCAUCGCGCGGCCGUAGAGAUUCCCGCUCGCAUCUAAGCCCGGAUCGCUCGGGCGAGCGCGACAUUAGCCCUGUCAGACGGCACAGACGCGGCCGCUUAAGAAGGCAAUCCACCAGCGUCGCCGGAAGACGUAGGAGCCAUCGUUCCCCCGACUCUUCAAGCUGCUCCUCUCGCGACCCAAGCCCUUCGAAUCGACCGAUUCCACCGCCACCCGAACCCUAUCGUCCUACAAUACGAAGACAAUCGACAACAGAGGAGAUCUUAAUUGCCAGAGGUUUCAGGCGACAAUCGACGACCGAGGAAAUGAUUAGAUGCCGGAACUUCCGACGACAAAGCUCUCAAAGCGAUGACACCUCUAGGUAUCGUGGAAGGCGCGACUCCUGCACUCAAAUUAUGGAUGGUACUAUUGCAUCUAUGACCGUGGAAACGACGAGCACCUUCUUUGAUUCAAGUACGCAAACAGGUGAGUCUAUUUGUACUUUCGCGAUUAAUUCGUCACGUUUCGCGUGA